AUGGCAAACACCUCUGAGGGUCCUCACCUAUACAAUCCCCAAGUGGGGGAAGAUCGAAAACCACAAAUUGGGAUGGAAUUUCCAUCAUUGGAGGAGGCCUUCGCAUUCUAUAAUCACUAUGCACGUGAAUCCGGCUUUAGUGCAAGAUUAGGCAACAGUAAGAAGAAUAAGCGGACAAAUGAAGUUGGAUGGAAACAAUUUGUAUGCUUUAAAGAAGGACAUAUAGAUGAAAAACGGAAAAAAGUUGCUCAAGUUGAUAGUGUAAAGGAAAGAGCACGUGGGGAAGUAAGGACUGGAUGUAGGGCAAAACUAUUACUUGUUAAAGAACAGACCGGGACAAAUUGGAUUGUCACUAAAUUCUUGGAAAGUCAUAAUCAUCCACUCUCAACACCUUCGAAGGUGCAUUUGCUCUGCUCAUAUCGCCAUGUUUCUGAAGCCAAGAAAGUUUUGACGCAGCAGUUUGCAGAAGCUAAUAUCCCAACUUGUCAACAAGUCCGAUUAUUGGAGAUAGAUUCCGGAGGCCCUGAGUUUCUAGGUUGCACGGAACGGGAUAUUAGAAACUUUGAGAGAGAGUUAAGAGAUGAACAAAAGGGAAUUGACGCUGAAACACUGAUUGAGUUUUUUGCGACUGAGAAAGAGAAGAAUUCCGCCUUUGUCUAUGCUUAUGAGAUUAAUUCAACAGGAAGAUUCACUAGGUGUUUCUGGGCGGAUCAUGUAUCAAGGAGGGCAUACAGCGUCUUUGGUGAUGCUGUUGUAUUUGAUACUACCUAUAACACCAACAAAUUAUUAAAUGCUACAGAGAAGGAUAAUACCAACGGCGACGAAUCGUAUGAAGAAGAUUUGGGUCUAACACAUUGCCCUUUCCGUUCUGAGGAUAGAUACUACCACUCUCUAGUCUCUAAGUUGAAGAGAGUAAUACAGGCGAUCCUAGAGGUAUUGAACAUUGUGCAAAAUAUAUCUGAACAUGCCCUCGAAAUGUAA